UUUGUGGACACUAAUGUUUAAGCACAAAGCGUAGACGUUUCCUACACACACGCUCAGUGUUUAAAGGGUCCAGAGGAGCCCCGGGACUGGCUACGAUGAUCUGUAUCCUGCUGGUAGCCGGUCACGGCACCGUGUUAGAGGCCCAGAUUAAGAAUGAUGAAACGGGCCUGUACAGCCACCUGAGCGGGGUACCCAAGGCCUUGCUUCCUGGAAUUGGAGGAAAGAAGAUCCUUGACUUUUGGUGGGAAACCGUCAACAUGCGCCAGCUGUUCACAGCGGUCUAUCUGGUUACAAAUGCUGAUAAGUACAAGCACUACGAGCGCUGGGCCACAGCUUCCGACUUCCCCGUGGAAAAUAUCAUAAAUGACGGCAGCACUACGCUGGAGGAUCGCCUCGGGGCCGUGGCUGACCUGGAGUUGGUCGUACGCAGCCGGAAGCUGCAGGACGACAUUAUGGUGAUUGCUGGAGACAUGCUGUGUGCAGACCAAAACUUUGACAUUGCUCAAGUUAUUCGCUUCUUCAGGUCAAAGCCCGGUGAGCUGAUCAUAUACUACGAGCUGGAAGAAGGAGAGAAGAGCAGCUCCAGAGGCAUCGUCGAGGUCUGCCAUGAUUCCCACAGGGUAACUCGCUUCUUGGAAAAGCCACAGGAAGGGCAGACGGCGUCCCAGCUCGCCAGCGUGGUGUUCUACUGCAUCCAGAGGGACACGCUGUCCUACACGUCGGACUUCCUGAGCCAGCAGCCUCAGACCGUGGGCAGGACUUUUGGACAGUUCUGGGAGUGGCUCAUCAAUGAGAAGCAGUGCCACGUGUUCGGUAUGAAGGUUCCUACUGGCUUCCAGCUGAUCGGACAAGUGGGACUGUCAGACUACACCAAGUGGCUCGCCCACUACUCCACCAAGCAGCAAGGCAGCCCUGCUAAACCUAUUACAUGCCGGUCAUACGCCAGGGUGGGACUAAUGGGGAAUCCCUCAGAUGGCUUCAAUGGAAAAACAAUCGCCAUGACCAUCGCUAACUUCUGGGCUGAGGUUACUCUGCUGGAGACCCAGACUUUGGUUUUAGUCCCUCAUCCACUCAACGACCCCACAGAAUUUGGCAGCCUGCAGGAUCUGUUCUGUAUCAGCAGGAAGGAAGGGUGUGUAUGCAGCCAGCUGACCGAGCCCUCAGGGGAGCUGCUGGUCUGUGACGCCAUGAGGAGAUUUGCUGAGCUGACUGAUCAGGCCAGGACGGCUUUCCGGGACAAAGACUGGCGCCGCCUGGUUCAACUGAUGGACCAGAACUUUGAGCUGCGCCGGUCCGUUUACACCGACGACUGUCUCGGCCCCGGGAACCUCAAGAUGGUUGAGCUGGCGAGGCAGUUUGGAUCGGCAGUGAAGUUACCCGGCAGUGGGGGGGCGGUGGUCGGUCUGUGCCUGGACCAGGCGAGGCUGGUAAGAGUGCGCUGUGGGGGGGUCUCUGUAGGCCUCUGAACCUCUUAAAUCUUACAUGUGACAAAUGCCUCCCUCGUAAAUAACAAAAACUCAAACAUCGGUAAACAGUUGAACCAGGCAGGGAUGGCUCCGUGGUGGCCCCAUGAUCGGGAGGUCGGGGUUCGAUUCCCCUGAACAGCUGAGGGACCCCUGAGCAAAGGUAGCGUCCCUACACACUGCUCCCCGGCACCCAAUGGCUGCCCACGGCUUCAAAGAGGAGUUUCCCCACGGGAUCAAUAAAAUAUACAUUAUCAUUAUUA